UAACAUCCGUUCUGUCCACAUUUUAGUGUGUGUACAUGGUAAUUUAACGUGAAACAUGGCACCUUUUAAACAAAACGCUAAAAAUAAAGGUCCGAUUAGAGGAAAACAGUUUAAUAACAAGUUUCAACGUGGUGGGUUGUCUCACAACGCCAAAAGGAAACGAAAAUGGGUUCCGGAGGACAAGGUUUUUGAUGGUAGCUUAAAAGAGGGUCAGGGGUUUGCAUUCAAAAGGAAGGAGAAGGUAAAACAUGAAUACAACAAACUUCUUCGAAAGGAGAGGAAGAGAAAGCAAGAAUCAAAAGUCCAGUUGCAGGAGGAAUAUCCUGAGCAUCUGAAACAUCUUUAUCUGGCUGAAAGAGAACGACUAGAUGAAGAAGAACAGGAGAAGAAGAAGAAAAGAUGUAAAGGAAGAGCCGUAGAGGAAGACAUAGAGGAAGAUGAUGAUAAACUAAACAAGGAUUUGGGUUCUUCUAGCAGUGAAAAAAACAUUACAAAUACAUCGACUGAUCAAACUAUUGCUCCUGCUUCGUCUAAUGAACCAGCGCAGCCUGAAAGCUCACACAAGACCACAUUUUUCCAAAGGAAACAGAACAUAUCAUCAUAUCAGAAGACUAAGCAAGAAUAUGAGAGGAUAAAAGAGGAGCGUGCACGAAAAAGAGAGGAAAUCUUAAAAGACAAAGCUCAGCGGGAAGAGGCUUUGAAGAAAUACAAGGAAAAGAAAAUAGCCACAUAUCAGUUGUUGAAAAGAAAAACCAAGAAAGGACAGCCCAAUCUAAACCUGCAGAUGGAGCUUCUGCUGCAAAAGAUUCAAGCUCAGCGCAAAUGA